GAAGCGCUCCGGGGGCUCAUCCACGGUACAAUGGCGCCUCUGGACCUGGAUAAAUAUGCGGAGAUCGCAAAGCAGUGUAAAUACCUCCCAGAGAACGACCUCAAGAGAUUAUGCGACUAUGUGUGUGACCUACUGCUGGAAGAAUCCAACGUCCAGCCCGUAUCCACCCCCGUCACAGUAUGUGGGGACAUCCACGGACAGUUCUAUGACCUCUGUGAGCUCUUCAGGACAGGCGGUCAGGUCCCAGACACAAACUACAUCUUCAUGGGGGACUUUGUGGACCGGGGGUAUUACAGUCUGGAGACGUUCACAUACCUGCUGGUCCUGAAAGCCAAGUGGCCGGACCGCAUCACCCUACUCCGGGGGAACCACGAGAGCCGGCAGAUCACACAGGUGUACGGCUUCUAUGAUGAAUGCCAAACCAAAUAUGGAAAUGCCAACGCCUGGAGAUACUGUACCAAAGUAUUCGACAUGUUGACAGUUGCUGCACUGAUGGAUGAGCAAGUGUUGUGUGUACACGGUGGUCUAUCGCCUGACAUCAAAACGUUGGACCAGAUCCGAACCAUCGAAAGGAACCAGGAGAUCCCCCACAAGGGGGCGUUCUGUGACCUGGUGUGGUCCGACCCGGAGGACGUGGACACCUGGGCCAUCAGUCCAAGAGGCGCCGGCUGGCUGUUUGGGGCGAAGGUCACCAACGAGUUUGUCCACAUCAACAACCUGAAGCUGAUCUGCAGGGCCCACCAGCUGGUCCACGAGGGCUACAAGUUCAUGUUUGAUGAGAAGCUGGUGACGGUGUGGUCCGCCCCCAACUACUGCUACCGCUGUGGGAACAUCGCCUCCAUCAUGGUGUUCAAGGACGCCAGCACCCGGGAGCCCAAGCUGUUCCGCGCCGUCCCUGACUCGGAGCGGGUCAUCCCCCCUCGCACCACCACGCCCUACUUCCUCUGAAGACCCUUAAUGACCC